AUGGCGUGUCUUCGUAAGCUGAAAGAAGACAUCCAAUUGUUGGAAAAGCUCUUUCCCAAAAAGCACAACCGCUUCCAGAUAAUGAGUGCGUCGGUCGAUGAGCUGUCGAUGAAGUUUAUCACCGCGGAAAACCAAGCAAUCGUUGUCACCGCCAACAUCCAGGAAAACUACCCACGACAGCCACCAAUUUGGUUUUCCGAAUCCGACGAUGUUCCAAUCAUCGGAACUUCGCUUCAGAGGCUCACUGAAACAGAAGAGUCUACAAAUAUCCUUCAUCAAGUUCAUCGCCUACUUUCGGAUCUCUGCUCGUUUUACGGACUUCAGACGCCUAUCGAAUUACCGCAAAUUGCUCCUCCCGCAAGAGAUGACGUUGACGAGGGUCGGGGAAGUGAUAUCAGUGACACUGCUUCAGAGCAUAUCGAUGAUGACAUGGCGGGAGACGGUGAAGACGAUGAGGGAGAGUUAGAGGAGGAUGAAGAUGAAGAUGAAGAUGCAGAAGGUGACAUUGAGAUUGUAGAGAUGGCAGAAGAAGAUCCAACAUCACAGCAAGAUAUUGGAGUUUCCAAAGAAGGUCUCGAUAUGUUGGACAAGGUUUCUCGCGUUAACAGGCAACAGCAUCUCGAUGGAAAAGUUCAAGGAUCAAUCACGGCCACCGAUAGACUGAUGAAAGAGAUUCGUGAUAUUCAUAGAAGCGAGCAUUACAAAAAUGGAGUUUAUUCUUUUGAGCUGGAAAAGGAUGAGAACUUGUAUCAAUGGUGGGUGAAGUUGCACAAAGUCGAUGAAGACUCACCGCUGUUCGAGGAUAUGGCAAAGUUAAAGAAGGAGCUCAAACAGGAUCAUCUUCUCUUCAGCUUCACAUUCAAUGAAAAAUUCCCUUGCGACCCUCCAUUCGUUCGCGUUGUCGCCCCACAUAUCACCAAUGGAUUCGUCCUGAGCGGUGGAGCCAUUUGCAUGGAGUUGCUAACGAAGCAAGGAUGGUCAUCAGCGUAUUCGAUUGAGAGUUGUAUUCUUCAAAUCGCAGCCACUCUUGUCAAAGGUCGUGCUCGAAUUUCAUUCGACCCAAAGCAUUCUCAUUCUUACUCCUUGAUUCGUGCCCAACAAUCAUUCAAGUCCCUCCAGCAAAUUCACGCAAAAUCUGGAUGGUAUACUCCACCAAAAAUGGAAGGAUGA